AUGGCUAGCACCGACUUUGACAAGUUGCCGCGGAAGCUGUGGGAGCAUCAUGACCGCGAGAGCACUGCCAUGUGGCGCUUCAUGCAGGAUGCCAACAAAAAGCAUAAUCUGAAUCUACAGUCAUUCGCUGAGCUCUACAAAUGGUCAUGCGACCACCGCAGCGACUUCUACCGCAAUCUCUGGGAAUUCGUGCCCUACAUCCACGAGGGCACAUACACCCGCGUAGUGGACGAAUCUAUUCCCAUAGACGGAGUGCCGCGAUGGUUCGAAGGCGUGCGCAUGAACUGGGCUGAAAACGCCCUCUACACCCGCGACACUUCGUCGCCAUCAACUGAAGCUCAGUGCAAACUAAACAAAGAAGACGGCAAAAUUGCAUUCACACAGGUGCGGGAGGGUAAUACUGAGAUUCGACAUGUGACGUGGGGAGAACUACGGCAGGAUGUUGCGGCAUUGGCGGCGGCGCUGAAAGAACGAGGGCUGCAGAAGGGGGAUCGUGUUGUUAUUGUUGGAGGACACUCAUAUAGGACGUAUGUGGUGUUUCUGGCGACAUUGUGGCUGGGUGGAAUAUUCAGCAGCAGUUCGACGGAUAUGGGAGUUGGGGGGUUGCUGCAGAGGGCGGUGCAAGUCAAUCCAAAGUUUGUCUUCUUUGAUGAUGGCGCCCUGUACAACGGCAAGACGAUUGAUCUGAGGGCCAACAUCCGUGGCAUGUUGGACGGCAUGGCCGAGUGCGACAACCUAAAACAGUUCAUCAUCAUCCAGCGAUUCGCCAAACCAUUCGACACGAGCGCCAUCCCCAAGACGGAACGAUUCGAAAGCUUUCUGCAAGCCGGCGCAAACAAGCCUCGUCCCGCCGUCGUAAGAAUCGACUUCAUGGAUCCCUCCCUCAUCGUCUAUUCGUCCGGCACAACGGGCACGCCAAAGGCCCUCGUCCACGCCGUCGGCCCCAUUUAUCUCUCCUCGAGCAGAGAUGUCUUGCACCGGGGUCUUGCGCCGACGGAUGUUGGUCUGCAGUAUACUACCACCGGGUGGAUCAUGUACUUGUCAAGUAUAGCCAAGAUGAUUUACGGCGCUCGGUGCGUGGCGUAUGAUGGAUCGCCGCUUACGCCGGAUCCAAAGGUUUUGCUGAGGAUCGCAGAGCAGCAGAAAGUGACGGUGAUGGGAGUGAGUCCGCGGUGGUUGGGCGAGUUGAUGAAGAGGGGGGUUGUGCCGCGAGAGGAGUUUGAUUUGAGCAACUUGCGGUUGAUGACUUCGACGGGGAUGGUGUUGCCAGAUCAGAUGUUUGAGUGGUUCUAUGAUAAGGCGUUUCCGGCGAAGGUGCACCUGGCAAACAUCUCUGGCGGGACAGAUAUUGCCGGCUGCUUUGCCCAGGAAAACCCCCUCACUCCCGUCUACGUCGGCGGCUGUCAAGGCCCCUGUCUCGGCAUCCCCAUCGCCGCCUACGACCACGAUCUCCCCGAAGGUAGUACCGGCUCUCCCCUCCCGCCCGGCACGUCCGGCGAUCUCGUUGCAACGGCGGCCUUCCCCAACAUGCCCGUGUUUCUGUGGAACGACGGCCCCGGGCCGGCGCCCGGGCCGAAGUACCGCGCCGCAUACUUUGAGCGCUUCGCCGGCGUCUGGGCGCAGGGCGACUUUUGCGCAAUCAGCCCUCACACGGGCGCGGUUCUCAUGCUGGGCCGGUCCGAUGGCGUGCUGAAUCCGAGCGGGAUCCGGUUUGGCAGCGCGGAUAUCUAUGCCGUGCUGGAGAGGUGCUUUCCGGAUGAGAUUGCGGAUAGCUUGUGCGUGGGACAGAGACGGCCGCAGGACAUGGAUGAGCAAGUUGUGCUGUUUGUGUUGAUGAAGAAGGGGCUUGCGCUGGAUGCGAAGCUGGUGAGGAGGAUUAAGGAUGAGAUUGCGAAGGGGUUGACAAAGAGGCAUGUGCCCAAGUAUGUCUUUGAGAUUCCCGAGGUGCCGACUACUGUGAAUGGCAAAAAGGUCGAGAUGCCCGUCAAGAGCAUCAUCUCGGGCAAGACGAUCAAGCCGAGUGGAACGCUGUUGAAUCCGCAAUGCCUCGAGCACUUUUACCAGUAUCAGAAGAUUGAAGAGCUGACAGAGCCACGGGCGAAGCUAUAG